AUGAAGUCCUGACAGUCAUCAAAAUGAAAGCACAGUGGCCAGCCUGGCAGCCACUUAACGUGCGGGCUGCCCCCUCAGCAGAAUUUUCAGUAGACCGGACACGUCACCUCAUGUCCUUCCUGACGAUGUUGGGGCCCAGUCCAGACUGGAAUGUAGGUCUGUCUGCUGAGGACUUGUGUACAAAGGAGUGUGGUUGGGUCCAAAAGGUGGUCCAGGACCUAAUCCCCUGGGAUGCAGGCACUGAUAGUGGGGUGUCAUAUGAGUCUCCCAACAAGCCUAGUGUGCCCCAGGAAAAAAUCCGUCCCUUAACCAGUCUGGAUCAUCCACAAAGCCCUUUUUAUGAUCCUGAGGGGGGUGCUAUUACCCCUGUGGCGAGGGUGAUGGUGGAACGCAUUGCCAGAAAGGGUGAACAGUGCAACAUUGUCCCAGACAAUGUGGAUGACAUUGUAGCAGAUAUUGCCCAGGAGGAGAAAGAGGAAGAUGAUACUCCUGAGACAUGUAUCUACUCAAACUGGUCUCCAUGGUCUGCCUGCAGCUCGGCCACUUGUGAAAAGGGCAAACGAAUGAGGCAGAGGAUGCUGAAGGCACAGUUGGACCUCAGUGUUCCCUGCCCACACACUCAGGAUUUUGAGCCUUGCAUGGGGCCUGGAUGUAGUGAUGAGGAUGCUUCCACUUGUAUGAUGUCAGAGUGGAUAACCUGGUCUCCAUGCAGUGUGUCCUGCGGUGCAGGGACACGUUCCAGGGAGCGUUAUGUUAAACAGUUCCCCGAUGAUGGCUCAAUCUGCACUUUGCCCACAGAGGAGACUGAAAACUGUGUGGUAAAUGAGGAAUGCUCUCCCAGUAGUUGCCUAGUUACAGAAUGGGGUGAAUGGGAUUUCUGCAGUGCCACUUGUGGUCUUGGCAUGAAGAGGAGAGAGCGAAUGGUGAAGAUGCCGCCUGCAGAUGGCUCCAUAUGUGGGGCAGAGGUUCUAGAAGUGGAGAAGUGUAUGAUGCCAGAAUGUCAUACAAUUCCCUGCUUACUGACUCCAUGGUCUGACUGGAGUGAUUGCAGUGUAACUUGUGGGAAGGGUUUGAGGACACGGCAGCGUAUGCUCAAGUCGCCUGUGGAACUGGGAGAGUGUACAGAAGAAUUAGAACAGGUUGAGAAGUGCAUGCUACCAGAGUGUCCCAUAAACUGUGUCAUGUCAGAGUGGAGCGAGUGGUCAGAGUGUAAUAAGUCCUGUGGGAAAGGUCAUACAAUCCGAACACGCAUGGUGAUGCUUGAGCCUCAGUUUGGCGGAGAUCCUUGUCCCGAAGCGAUCCAGCGGAAAAAGUGCAAAAUCAGGAAGUGCAACCGAGGACAAGGCAACAGUGAUGAGAAGAAACGUCGCAAGGAACAGCGUGAAAAGAGGAGGAGCAAACAGGGCAGAGCUGAAGGCAACUCCGAGCAUCCAGGGUGUAGAAUGAGACCAUGGUCAAGUUGGACAGAAUGUACAAAGAUUUGCGGCGGAGGAAUUCAAGAACGCCUCAUGACAGUAAAGCAGAAGUUUAAGACUGCCCAGCUGUCCAGCUGCAAGGACAGGAAGGAGAUCAGAGCUUGUAAUGUUCACCCCUGCUAGGAAGGAGUAGGGGGUGGAGGGGAUGGGAGGAUGGGUGGACUGGGAAGAGUACAGGGCACACUGUUGCACAAUGAUCCAAUGCACUCUGUUUAGGGCUGAAAUGACACAUUCUUGAAUCUGUGUAGGUUAAAUCCAGACAUCAGGUCAGCUGUCGUUAACAGAAGAAAAAAAGUCAAACAUUUCUCUGUAAGUCUGGAUUUAAACUUUAAAGCUGAUUCUUUUGUGUUUCCAAACUAGCUCUGACAUGACUCUUUUGCAACAUUACUGUAAACUUGUUGUGGUAUAUUAUAUCUUGAAAAAUAUAAUUAUGAACUAUAAAUUGUUUUCAUAAAAAGAAGAACUGUUAUAUCUUGUGGUAUCCUUAAGUAGUACAGUAUAUUCCAGACUUUAAAGCACAGGUGCCCAGCCAUUCCAGUGUUUUAUAUGCCUUCAGUUGUUCAGUUGUUUCUAGGGAACAAAAAGCCCAUUUGACUUUAUACCCGGCUAUGUCGUUGUACAUGUAGAUGCACCACAGCUGACAUCUAUAUGGUUUGGAGCAUUAUUAGAAAAUGUAUUAUUUUUUUGCAGUGGAAUUUUUUGAUAAGAAUGUGUCCCAAGAUUCUUACCAAAGUCUUGUGUAGAUGUUUUCUAGAUGUAUUUCCCUCAUUUUGUUUAUCUCUGUUCCUCUAACAUAUUAAUAUUUUGGAAUAAUAUCACCUUUACAAUAAAAGUAAAUGUGACAG